AUGGCAGAGCCCGCGCACUCCCCACUGUUCGAGAAAGCAAUCACCGUGACCCCGAUCGGUCCGAAUACCUACUCCGCAUGUCUUGACCCGGCAUGUAUUUUCCAUCGAACCGCGGCUGUUCACUUCGCUCGCCAAACAAGCAAGGCCGAACCGAUCGGUCUGCAACUGUCGUUCCUGCGACGGACACUCGCCGGCCCCGCCAUCUUGACCGUCCAGGAAGUCAAAAUCGGGACGAGGAUCAGCACGAUCCACGUAUCCCUCUCGCAACCCCGCGAGAGCCCUCGUCUUUCGGCAGCAACCCCACAUGCGCCGCAGGACAGGAAGGACAAAGAGCAGGCGCUCGAGGUGAAGGUGGUCGGAUACAUCACCGUGAGUCCGCCAGAGUACGAAGCGGGUCCAGCUGUGACCGGCCACUGCGCGGCUGCGCUCUCUCCGCCCGUGGUUGACUUCCGCGCCUUAGGGGAGAACGGAGGGGUCGGUGCAUGGGUGCGCAACCAGUCCCCUCCACCGGGUCUGUUUGCAGCCGGACAUGCGGAGCUCUUCUUCCCGGUAUCCACCCUCACGGCAGCCAAGACACUCGAGGAUCAGGUGAAGGGGGUGGUGGAGCAAUGGGCGCGCUUCACCCCGGGAGGACAACCCGCUCGCUGGUCGAAUGAAGCGGUAUUGUACUUGGCGGACAUGUUCCCUCCUGCAUUGAACCGGAUGGGUGCGAUGGAGGUGCAGAGGCUGAAGCAGAUCGGUGCGCUUUCCGCACCGGCUGAGGCUGGACCCUUCUGGUAUCCCUCGGCCACUUUGAAUGUGGAUUUGAAGACCCGGCUUCCGGAAGAGGGGGUCGAGUGGCUGCAGUCGCAUGUGGUGACGCGGAUGCUCCGGGGUAGCCGGGCGGACUUGGAGGUGGUCAUCCUCAAUGAACAAGGGGAGCUGGUGGCGACGAGUACGCAGGUGGCCUUGGUGGUCGAUGCAGCGAGAAAUCUGAAGGGCAGGGAAGCAUCGGAAAAGUUAUAG